AUGGUCCACCAUUCGCGCGGUUCUACUUUUGAGACAAACUGGUAUAAUGUUUACUCGCUCGUUUUUCCGGGAUCAGCAAAACUGUCUGCAAAGGAAUUGAGCAUUCACAGUUACACAAUGGGGUCAAAAGGGAAGUCUCCAUGGGUCGAGUACAACGGUGAUACACAUGGAGAUAGCGAGUUGAUUAUGCCCUACAUGGUUGAGAAAUGUGGGGUAAACCUCAGUACGGGCCUAACAGAGGAACAGACGGCCAUAGGCCGGGCCUUCCAGACUCUCGUCGAUGAACGCAUGUAUUGGCUAGUUUUGUUAGAAAGAUGGGUGUUCCACAAAUCAGAGAUGUCUGGCACUCUUACCAAACUUCCCGCCAUUUUAAUAUGGCAUAUCAGCCGGAAAACUAAGAAUAUGGCGUAUGCACAGGGCCUUGGCAGACAUACGCAAUCCGAAAUUGAAACAUUGCUUGAGAAAGAUUUGAAAGCAUUAUCGGAUUAUUUAGGUGACAAGAAAUAUUUUCUCGGUGAAGAGCCUAGAGAGGUCGAUUGUGCAGUGUUUGGGCAGCUGUGUCAAGUCCGUUAUCAUGUGCCAAACAGUGUCAAAGCAAGAACAUAUCUACAAGAAUCCCUUCCAAAUCUCACUGCUUAUAUGGACAGAAUUAUUGAGAAAUUUUGGCCAGAUUGGGAGGAAUGUAUGACAAAUGGAUUCACGAAAGAGGCAACAAAAUAGAAUGACACUUAUAUUUGAAUUUUGUAUGCGCGCUUGCCUUGAAAAAGCUGAUAUCAUGUAUUUCUGGUGUCAGUCAAACAACGACAGAGAUGGUAUUAAAUGUUGAUCUUAAUCAGGUCUAAGAACGACCUAGCUAUUCAUUCAUGGUCCACCAUUCGCGCGGUUCUACUUUUGAGACAAACUGGUAUAAUGUUUACUCGCUCGUUUUUCCGGGAUCAGCAAAACUGUCUGCAAAGGAAUUGUUGAUACUCAUUUCAUACUUGGCGUCCGUAUCAUGACCAUAAACAUUGAAACUAAAUCGGGUAAGGAACCCAUAUGAUAUACCGCAGUGAAGAGACACAACAUAUUAACUGUUCGCGUUGAUGUAUGAGUAGUAGGUCAUACAAAUUGACUGUUUUGACUAAAUACUGAAAGUUUUUUACGUUUUGCUUUAUCUAUUAAUGUACAUUUAAAUUCAUAAGAAUCCUAACAUUUUCGGGAAGAUACACUUUAUAUCAUUAUUAGCCACCCACGCUGAAUAAUUAAGCGGCUUUGUUAACGCUGCUCCUAGCAUGUACGUCUUUAAUGCGUUAACCUUUGACCAUUAACCUAAGGUCAACCCUUGGAUACUGUUAUAACCAAAUUGUAUAGCACAUAUAUGUUUAUUUUCACAUUAUCCAAAAUAGCGUAUCACUUCGGUGUAACAGUCGAAUCAGCACAUUGAAAUGUGAUUUUAACUUUAUAUAAGGUGAACAUUAUCAUAUAAAAGUUAUAUUGAUAUCAAUCACACUAUAUGCAAAAUAGCAUAUUUAUCUCAAUUGCGUAGUGUUCCGUAAACGGUAUUAAUAGCAAGACAAACAUAGCUACAUGUACAUGUGCACUUUCAUGAGCUUAGUGGUCUUAAGGUUCUCUGCUACUGCUUCAAACAAUUACCACCACAGUGAAAUAAAUUGAAAAGGUUCCCCGAACAAACAGAAUCUACAUUCAAAAGUACAUAAUAUAAAACCAAUACAAUGCAUUGCAAUGAAAAGAAUAACACUUUUGUAUUUUAUUUGGUACAAAGCAAACACAAACGUACUGCCAAGAAUGAGUUAAACAAUAAAACCAAAGUUGUGCUAAAUUAUCAACCCAAGCCUCAUAUCAUUUUGCUAUCAUAAAAUAUUGGGGUUAUGUACGAGGUUAGAUUAAACUGAAUGUUGAAAUAUGUGUCCUUAAUGUGAUUUAAGCAGGUAAUGCAUAUAAAAAAAAGGAUUAUUAGUACUGCGUUUUGAUCCUGAAUGUCGUACUCGACUCUCUUUAAAUCCAAAUCUGCAAAUUUCCACACGAGACGAAUAUAUCCCGCAUCGGUGUUUCAGGCAUCAUAUAAGGACUAUUUAAAUACAUUAAAUGAAUGUCGAUAAAAAAUCGAUGAUUCAUAAUGAUUUAUUCUUACAAC